AUGAGCAGCAGUCAAAUGAGUCAACUCGUCGAUUCUGGUGAUGCUCAAUCAGAGAUCACACAGUUUGAGGAAAUAGCGACAAUACUUAGCAGUAUAAUCGUAACUCGCAGCAAAAAUGGAGCAACGAUAGACGAAAUUAUAGAUGACUACACGGACCUCACCGGAGAAAGCCUUUUGUCAAUAUUUCGUGAUCGUGACAUGAUUGCGGCGAAACUGCGACGUAUUGCUGGAGUGUGGUCUUCCUAUAACGCGCCAAAUGGUCCUUAUCUCUGGUACUGCAACUCUCAUAAAACACAACACCUAACCGAUAUGAUCAAGAAGCAGAAAUCUCCACGACAUUAUAAUAACCAACGGUACCAGAUGCCAAGAUAUCAACUCCCUGGUAUCCCUUAUAGCACAAGCACGACGGUCAGCGGGACUGGUCAAAGAGAAAAGUUCUUUGAAGAUAACAUGCACUACAUACCCAAACGUGGCGCAUGGAACCGUGUUCAACGUGCUAAUAAUCAUCCAUAUCUUCCACCUCAAAGACGCCAAAUGCAAAUGGCGAAACAAAUGACUCAGAGAAAAUACUAUUUCGAUGGAAUUCGCACGGAACCGCAUUUUUGCGGUUAUCAAAUGAUUGGAGACGACUUUUUCCUUUCGCUUGCUAGAUGGGAAUUGGGAUUUGCUUUUGACCCGGGACACCAAGUUCAACAGAGUGGCCUUUGUAUAUCCGGUUUGACGAUCGCCGAGGCUGCGGACCGGGCUUUGAAGGCCACUUACAUUAACGAUCGGGUCAUAAUAAACAUAGGAGCUGUCGACCUGCUUCAUGGAUACGAUUUCGUGGACAUGCAGCACGACUUAAUUCAGCUGGUAGCCAAUCUGGAAAAUCGCGGCGCGUCUGUGAUACUGACCACGCUUUCGCCGUUGGCUAAUAGUUCCCAUAUAGCUGGCGUAACUGAUCGUUUGCAGAGGUUUAACGCUUUGAUUCGCAAAUCUCAUUGGCAGUACAUAGAUCUGUGGCAGUGCUUCGUUAAUGAACGCGGUAACACGUUAUACGAAUGUUUUCAGCCGGGACCAAGACAUGUGAGCGGUAGUAAUCAACCACAUGUUCUUUGGAACAAACUUGGUCGCCAGCGAAUUAUCAAGUUUCUGAAACAACAGCUCGCAGCAUUUAUUUAG